AUGAAGCUAGCUUCCAAAGGGCCUAUUUCGCGAUGGUCGCUUCGAAAUCCGAUGACAGGAGCUUUUUUUUCACGGAAUGACUGGCGGUCCGGUCGCGAUCUUAGCCGUGAGGAGAGAGACUCGGGGUUGCUUCUUCGACUACGCGACGUUGGCGGUCGGUUGUCGGAUGCCACGCUUCCUGUUGCGGUGGUCAAGGCACAGUCGACUGACUUUCAGGUGAAUGAAAUUGACGCAAAUGGACGUGUUGCGGCACUGGAAAAGGCACCCAAAGGCAAGUGGCGAAAAAUAUCGCGCCAAAAAACGGUUCUCAUUGAGGAUAAUGCGGAAAUUUCAUUUGGUGAUCCGGCAAAGACGUUUAGUCCGCGGGUACAAAGUUAUGGGGGAUAUGUGAGAAUAUUGGGCAAGCUUCCGCGGGAUUUUCCCAUCUUGCGAUUCGUCGUCUACAGGGACUCUUAUUCACUUCUUAGCGUUGAAAAACGCAUGGGGUAUGUUUUGUCGCUUCAACCGGGAUCCACAUUUUUGCGUGAGUCCUCCGGUGGUUCUUUUGGCUGCAUUUCACAGUACGGUGUGUGCGUUGGGAUGACAAGGGAAUUUCUUCCACACGCUUCCCGUCACUUUAACUUACAUCCUCUCAUUUUUAAUCCUCAAACUUACCACACGCAGGAUGAAUUUCAGGACUUAUUGAGGAGGCCGGCUGGGCAUUACUACCGUCUUGUUUUGCGGUGUGUGGAUGGCGACCCCGACACCAUAAAUCGACGUCUAAAAAUGUUAGUUGAGGGGGGAUUUGUGAAUUACUUUGGUAUUGAAGCGUUCGGUGUCGGUUCGAACCGAUUGUUUGAGGUUGCCUCUUUCGCAGCACACGGAUAUUUCCGACAAGCGAUGGGUGCUCUUCUUCAAUGCGUUGCAGAGUGUGAUGGCGUUCAUCACGAUUACUACAUUAAGUACCUUAACGCAGAUCCAAGCACUGUACUCGGAGUUUCACAGUUGUGGGCUGAUGCAGCGAAACAUAUGCGAUCACAGAAAUGGUUGGUUGACUUGUUGAAGGGCGUGGCAAAAUACCACGAGGAUGGGGAAAAGGAGGAACAUCUCCGUAUACUUUGGGAUUCCCUCCCUAUUCGGGAUCGGAUCCAAGGCAGUGCAGCGGAGUUUGUAUGGAACGCUAUGGCAUCCCAAAGGCUGUUGUCAAAAGGCUUGGAUGUAGUUGAAGGGGAUGUGGUGCGGGUGCCAAUCCCUGACAGUCAUUUUGCCGUCGGCUCGUGUUCUUCAUAUCAGUAUAAGCUGGUAACUGCGGAGGACACACGGCUGGAUAUUUACGCUAUCACGGAUGUUGUACUUCCUGUCCCGUACGGCAAUGAUGCUUUGAAUAAUUGCCUGUUUCCUCAAAUUUCACCUCUGGAUCGUGAGCUUUACGGGGAGUUUGCGGCAAAGCACGGCCUGUCCUUUUUGUUUGAGGAACCACUUGAGCCUUGCGCAUUCCCUCGGGAGUAUUAUCGUCCACUUGUAGUGAGACCGGGAGAUUUCCAAGCUUCCGUGAUUAAAGACCCGAACUCUUUUACAUGUUUAAAAUCUGAUCUUUCGAUGAUGCAAGAGCGAAAACCAAUACAUUCGAAGGACAUGGACUACGUCUCAAGGGUGCGGGAACCCUGCGUUUACAAUGUCUCGGAGCGUUUUGUGGAAAAAAUGGGGCCCAUUAAAAAGACCCAUACAGGCUGUUAUUCUGUUGUUUUGUUUUGUCGUCUUCCGGAGGGAACAUCGCCGUUUGUAAUGCUUAGGGAAUCUUUUUCCCUCCGCUACGCAGCGUUUCAUGACAUGUAUGGUGUUCUUUAG